AUGGAGGCGGGGGAUAACAUGACAACACCUUCUCCAGCACUAACUGCGCAUAUCAAGCUCGAAAUUCUAUCGGAUGUCAUGGAACCUCAGCAGCACGUCUUUGAUUCCUUGCAGACCAGAACCGGAAUGACCCCAAGUGACCACAACGACUUUCUCCCGUGGAUUCCCUACCCAUUGGGUCAACCUGUACCUGAAGAUGCUGUUCCUGCUUUCAAUGAUCAGCGACUCAACCCUCUCGAGUGGGUCCAGCUCCUUGAGCAGACUGAGUGUUUGGAUUAUGUCAGCCCCGAUAUCGACGAGUGUCUAGAACGCCAUUCCCGUAUGGAAGGCAAUCAAGAGCUCGAACUUACAGGCCGCGAAUUUAUCGACAGUCCAACGAUACCAAAGUUACCACCGCUAAACGUCCUUUCUUCUGCGGAGCGUCCAACGAUACUGAAGCCGAUCACACGUCCUCAACGCAACGUGUCUCGACGUCCAGGCCUACGCGAGCAGUUUCCUCGCCAGCAGUUGCUGAUGGAACAUCAGAUGGAGAAUUAUCCUACUGCUGCCGAACAAGUAGUUCAAAUGAAGAGACCUACACGGUGCAGCAGUACGACCACAAAGCGAGACGCGGGAAACCCGCCAUCACGCUCAGCCAGCAGGUCGCUCAACUUUGAAGCCACUCAACAGCAGAAACCCAAUACACAACACAAGCGUACAUCAUGGGGUGGUCGCUCAUCCACUCCAGCAACAUCACGACGGCGUUGCAAGUCGGCGAGAAAGUCGAAGGACUGCAUGAUCCCCGGUUGCACGAAAGGCGCCCGGUCGAGAGGACUCUGCAAGCGCCAUGGCGGUGGGAAGCGGUGUACCCAUCCAGAGUGUACUCGCAGUGACCAAGGAGGCGGUUUUUGCAUUGCACACGGCGGAGGCAAGCGGUGUGCAACUGAAGGAUGCAAGAACUCAGCCCAGUCUCGCGGACUCUGCAAGAGCCACGGAGGUGGUAAGAGAUGCCGCACCAAAGGAUGCACCAAGAGCAGCCAGGCAGGAGGAUUCUGCCGUGGCCACAGACCACAAAGCAUCCUUAUUUAG